AUGGGCUCAUCAAAGAACGCAACCCCAAAGCAGCCUGGCAAGACGCCGACUCUGCCGACCAUCAAGCUCUCGCUGGGCUCCAAGCUGGCCUCGGAGGAGCAGCAACAGACUCCUGAGACACCAUCGGCAAAGCGACGGCGGUCAUCCACUGACAAAGAAUACCUGACUGCAGAUGAGCACACUCCAAAGAACAAGAAGGCGAAAUCCGGCUCGCUGAAACCCGAGUCUGAAGAAGAGGCUAAGCAACUCUACACCGCCAUCGAAACAAACAACCUCGAUCUUGUGCGGCAGAUACUCGAGGGCGGAUACAACGUCAACACCCGGUGGAAGGGCGAGUUUAUGGGCGAAAAGUAUACUUGGUCGCCGCUCCACGCAGCGGCCUACCAUGGCCGAAACAAGAUCAUCGAGGAGCUCAUGGAGCACGGGGCAGAUGUCGAGCUCCAGGACACUUGGUACAAAGGGCGAGCCUUGGCUUGGGCGACAUACGCGGGGCACGCCGAGGUGUGUCGGACUCUGCUGACCAAAUACAAUGCCGACCCCGAGGCAUUAAAUGGACAUAGCCAAAAGGCAUUCGAGCUGAUUUCGGAUCCAAAGCACGCUCGCUGGCACGGCAUUAUCGACUACAAACGGCCCAAGACUCCGGCUGCAAAGGGAACUCCGGCUGCAAAGGGAACUCCGGCCCCGCCGUCAUCUGCCGAGGCUGCCGAGACGUCCUUGUGCCACGAAGCCGCCGGCGAGAACGGACACGGCGAUCUCGUCCUCAAAACCCCGACCAAAACGACCCGCAGCAGCCGCAGCUCGACCAAAGACGAGUCCGCCGAGCAGCCCAAGACGCCAAUCGUGAAGGUGACGAGCGGAGGCGGCAUUUCCAUCAGGCUGACGCAUAAAAAGGAUACGCCUGGAUCUCCCGAUAGCUCCGAGCCCGAGUCAUCUUCCAAGACCAAGACACCCAAAGGAGAGAAAUCAAAGCCCGAGCUGCCCAUCACAGGCGUCAAGAUCAAGAUUCCGCCGGCAAUCCCGCCGGACUCGACUACGCCGAUACCAGCCGGCUCCAAGAAACAUGCCAAGGACAGUAAGGACGCCGUGGACGAGGAAGAUGGUUCUGGAGCAACGGUAACUCCUGCGGAAACGGACGAGCCCGCAGCAUCCAAAACUCCUUCUGGAUCGGCCACCGGCGUCGUCAGCCCUGAGACAGCGACUCCAACACCCACAUCCGUGCUCAUUAUCAAGCCAAGUUCCAAGGCCAGGAAGGCCGGCGCAAAGCCCAAAGAGCCCAAGACACCAACGCCGAAAGAACCCAAGGGCGCCGCAUCCAAAGAGCACAAGCCCGCCGACGAUGCACCGAAGGAACUGGGUGGUCUUGCGCCUGUUCCUGCACCGGCAUCCGCAUCCAAAGAUGCCGGCAAGACGGCCACGCCCAAGAAGCUGCCGCACAAGAAGCAGGCCCUUGCCAACCUGGCAGACAAAGACGCCGAGUCGAUGGCAAAGGCCGGCUCAAAUCUGCAUGCCAACGGCACCGUUCCGCUGCCCGGACCAGAGGCAACCCCAGCAGCAGUUAAGCCUGGGAUCGAGCCCGCAUCGACUGCAGCCCCCGGCCUCGACACCGACCCGCCCCCAGCCGAAACCGACGCGCAUCCUUCGCCACUGGGCGGGCCUGCGAUGUUCCCAGCUUCAACCACCGGCACGGGAGUGGCUCCAAACGGCCUCGUGGCCAUGCACCGAGGCGGGUACAAUCUGGCUGGGGCGAUCUACGGCAGCCCCGGCCAGUUCCAGGGCGGCGGACCGAUCCUCUUCAAUCCGUUCACCAAUGCCGCGGGCCGCUUUGCGUAUGGACAAGCAGCUGCAGUGCGCGAAGGUGCAUCGCCAGGUGCUGCUGCUGGCGGCUACAUGGCGGCAGCACGGUUUGCGGCGGCGAUCAACGGAGCGGAUGCGAGUGCAGCCAAGGGCAUGAGCUUUGUCGGCACAACGGCGGAGCAUGUACUGGCCACCACCCCGCCGCUGCGGCCACCACCCAAAGGCGAGCGACUGAUCACCACCAUCGGCUUGGUGUCGAACAACAACCUCCUGCGGCUGGUGCUGACGACGCAUGUCCUCCACCAUGCCGUCACGGUCGAGUCGGGCGUACGCACGCUCAACAUCCGAGUGCUCUGCGGGCACAGCAAGGGCUAUGCCUACAACGUCGCCAUGUACAUGAACGGACAGGUGCUUGCCGCAACACCCGGGCCGAUCGGCGAGACCGGGACGCCGACGGUAUGGGACUUUAGCGCCUCGCUCAUGACGGGACUCAAUGCGCUCGAAAUCGUCGCCAACGGCGCCAAGGCCGGCGAUUCGCUGCUGACGAAGAACUUUUCGGUCUUUGUAAACCGCAUCUGA